AUGGCUGCCGGGGAGAUUAUACUCUAUCACUAUAAGUUCUCGCCUUAUGCAAGACGCGUUGUGUGGUAUCUAGCUCUACGAGGCAUUCCAUACAAGCAAUGUCUGCAGCCUGGCAUGUUGCCGCGACCGGAUGUCGCCCGUCUCGGAAUCGCUUACCGGCGCAUUCCAAUCCUUUCGAUUGGCAAGGACAUAUAUCUUGAUACUCGCCUUCAACUUCCCAAGCUUGAGGCAAUGUAUCCGGAAUUACCUCGCCUGGGAGCAAGCACCGCGGAUCAGAAAGGCAUUGAGCGCUUGCUCUCGGCGUUUGUCAUCGACGGCGGCGUCUUCCAGCAAAGCGUCAAGCUACUUCCGCCAGAGCUACCAUUCCUCAAAGAUCCAAAGUAUUUCAAGGACAGGGGAGACUACAUGGGAACGACGAUGAGCGUGGAGGCGCUGAAGAAGGUUCGGCCUGAGGCCCUGAGGGAGGUUGCUGCGGCGUUUGAGCUGCUGGAGACGACCAUGUUGGCGGACGGGCGAGAGUGGAUCUUGAAGACGGAGAAGCCCAGCCUGGCGGACAUUGAAUCCGUCUGGGUGUUUCACUGGAUAUCGGGUAUUCCUGGGGCCUUGCCGAAAGAAGGGUUUUCGGCGGACAAGUAUCCGCGGGUGUAUUCGUGGAUCAAGCGCUUCCAGGAGGCGGUUACGGCGGCGAAGAAGAGAGUCGAGGAGUCCCAGACGCUGGACGGGGAGGAAGCUGCAAAGGUGAUUGAGGUCUCGUCGUGGCAUGAGGAAGAGGGGACUGUGGAUGAGCAAGAUGCGCUGGCAGUGGCGGAAGGGUUGAGAAAGGGGGUCAUGGUAGUGAUUUCGCCGACGGAUACGGGGAGGGCGCAUAAGGAUGUAGGAAGGCUGGUGAGCUUGGAUAAGGAUGAGGUUGUGAUUGAGGUGAAGACGGAGAAGGGUGAGAGUGUGCGGCUUCAUGCGCCGAGGCAUGGGUAUAAGUUGAGGAGGUUUGAUGGUGAGGCGAAGGGCGGGGCGAGGUUGUAA